AUGACUACGACCACGUAUGACAUAUCGUCACACAAGGGCGGCAACAGCACCCGCAGCAUUCUUAGCCGCCUCUUUGGCCAAGAACGCAACAGCCGCCAUCCGUAUGGUGUGGAUGCCGUUUUCCUGCCCACUUCCACACUUUACGAUGGCUGGCUGGCACCCGACAUAUCACAGUAUUAUAACACCACCUCUGAAUCGGAAGAGGUAGCCCCGACUGGGGCCCCCUACGCCUUCUACCAUAGAGCCCUCAAGGGCUAUCCUGAUGGCUUCCCGGUACUCGUCCCGGCGGAGACAACGGCCCAGCGGCUCAAAGACAUGGUCACCUUCUUGCAGGACUCCAACUACCUUGACCACCUCACCCGUUCACUUACCGUUGAGUUCCUGGUCUUCAGCUAUCAUCACAGAGUGCUGGGCUACGUCAAGAUGUCCUUUCUGUGGCGUGCGUACGGCGGUAUAGAGCUGUCGUUCACUUUCACGGGCUUGCCGGCGCUGACAUACCUAGGGAGGUCGGACGCAACUUCAUCCACCUCCUCAAUGUCAUCAUCAUCAUCAUCAUCAUCAUCAUCAUCAUCAUCAUCAUCAUCAUCAUCAUCAUCAUCAUCAUCAUCAUCAUCAUCAUCAUCAUCAUCAUCAUCAUCAUCAUCAUCAUCAUCAUCACCAUCAUCAUCAUCAUCAUCAUUAUCGUCACCAUCAUCAUCGCUGUCAUCGUCAUCAUCAUCAUCCUCGAACAGCAUAGUGGCGGAGGUAUUGGGACCGGUGGCUGGACAUGACUUGGCGGCAUUGUGGGUGCUGACGAUGGUGUUUGUGGUGGUUGUGGCGAUGCAAACCGCAAGGACGGCAGCAGCAUGGCGCAGCAGUGAUCUCAACUCGCAACAGAAGUGGCACCGCUUCGGCAACCUCAUCGUGGAUCUGAUGGUCUGUGUGAUGCUGGUGACGGCGUGCGCUGUAUAUACGGCAGGCAGGCUGGCAGGCGGCUGGCAGAGGUUAAGGCCUGACUUCUGCUCCCGGUCGACCCAGUCGACCCGGGUUCAAAUCCGCCUGCCGGCUCCUCGGGUGUUUGAGGAGUGAUGAAAUGGGAGGUGGCCCCCCAUCUUAUGGACGGUGUAGGACGUGAUAAUAUCAACUUGCGAGCUGACCAGGAACUAAGUUGAUGCGCCGUUGAUCCGCUAGAUUUGGUUGGAUGCUGGUGGUGAGUUGCCGAACCCAACGAAUACAUUCUGAAGUCGGAUGGGGUGACGGAUUAGGGUGCCCCUCUAGCAGGGGAGAGCAGGGACUGCCCCGGGAAAGGGGGCCGCUGGCGAAGUUAACCACCCUGUAACAACAUAC